GGAGGGGCCGAAUUGAGCGCUCUUCGGAGUCGUACUUCCGUGAAGGAUUUGAUUGCCAUGGCGGAGGCUCAGCCUGUUUGUAGCUUCCUCUUCAAAAAGCGUCGCUCCGCGCCCGGGAGAGCUCAACGUAAGAGGCCGAGCAGCGACCAGGACCCCGGUAGCAGCAGUGAUGAAGGCAGCACUGUAGUCAGGAAGGAGAGACGAAAGGAAGUUUCCAACCCCAUGAUUCAGAAGACGAAGAAAAGUAUGAAAACAAAGACUUCCUAUGGGUCAAGCAGUAGUGAUGAUGAUAACAAACCUGAAGGAAUUGGAAUUGCAUAUAAAUCAACACGAUCUGCGAAACCUGUGGGUCCGGAGGACAUGGGUGCAACAGCUGUAUAUGAACUGGACACAGAGAAAGAUAAAGAUGCCCAAGCCAUUUUUGAACGCAGCCAGGAAAUCCAGAAGGAACUUCAAGGAAAGGAAGACGAUAAGAUUUAUCGAGGAAUUAAUAAUUAUCAAAAGUACGUAAAACCAAAAGAUACAUCCAUGGGAAAUGCUUCUUCAGGCAUGGUAAGGAAGGGACCAAUCCGAGCCCCAGAACAUCUCAGGGCCACUGUCAGGUGGGAUUACCAGCCUGAUAUAUGUAAAGACUACAAGGAAACUGGGUUUUGUGGCUUUGGAGAUAGCUGCAAAUUUCUGCAUGACCGAUCAGAUUAUAAACAUGGGUGGCAAAUUGAGCGGGAAUUGGAUGAGGGACGCUAUGGACUUAAUGAUGAUGAAAAUUAUGAAGUAAGUAGUGAUGAAGAUGAACUGCCUUUCAAGUGUUUUAUUUGCAGAAGCUCCUUCAAGAAUCCUGUGGUAACCAAGUGUAAACAUUACUUUUGUGAAAACUGUGCCCUACAACAUUAUCGCAAGUCUCAGCGAUGUUAUGUAUGUGACAAACAGACUAAUGGUGUCUUCAAUCCAGCCAAAGAAUUGUUAACGAAACUGGAAAAGCAUAAGGCUGAAGAAAGUCCCCUUGAAGAUGCUGGACAGCAAGAUUAGCAUUUCAUUAUAAUUUUCAUGCCUUACAUCCUCCAGAGAAAUAAUUUGAUUGCAGAAUAAAUAAUUUAUAGAAAAAUACCGUAUUUUUCAGACUAAAAGACACUCUGAAUUAUAAGACACACCUAGCUUUUGGGGAGGAAAACAAGAAAAAAAAUCUGCCUCUGCCUCCUUGCAGCAAACAGCCUGGUCAGAUUCAGCACAGAUUGAUUUAGCACAAGCAGCUGAGUGGCAGUUGGAUCUGAUUCCCAGAAUACCACCUAUCAGCUAUUCGAGGCUACAGGUAUUGCCACUGCCCAUCACCACCUCCGGGCAUCUCGUUUUUGGCCUCUGUGCGCCUCAUAUUUGGCCCAUUCUAGGCAGCGGGGAUUGCCGCUGCCACCUACCCCCGUCACCUUGAAUGGGCUGAAAACGGGGGGGGGGCAUGGAGGCUGAAAAUGGGGCAUGUGGAAGUUGCAAUGGGCGUUAGCGUCAUUGGGCAGUGUAUUAGGAGGCAAACUGCUGGGAGGCAGAGGCCGGCGGAUGGGGGCUGGUGGGUGGGCGAGGCUUUGGCAACAUAUGCUGUAUAAGACACACAGACAUUUCCACCCACUUUUUUGGGGGGAGGGAAGUGCAUCUUAUACACCGAAAAAUACGGUAAAUUGAUCCAUCAUGUUUUGUGCUUCAACAUACAUUCCAAACAACUUUACAGACCAAGACAUAUUACAGAUAGUGAAACACUUCAUGAAAACAAAGCAAUUCAUUAUUCUUUAUUGCUUUAAUGUAUUGGAAAAAAGGAAAAACAAAAAAUCAACAAGGAAAACAAAAAACUGUACAAAAACAACAGCUCAAAAACUGUUUUUCUGGAAGUUAAAGGAAAUAGUUCUUUCUGUGCUCAAACAACUUCUGUAUUCUAAAAGGAAAUAACUAGCAGAAAUUAAAUCAGCUGAACAUU